AUGACCUCAAACGCGCAGCAGCCGUCGUCAGGGCAGCCCGACAACCAUCAUGAUGGCAUCGACGCAGCCCCACCACCUUACCAAGAAAGCCUGCCCGCUGUCCCGCAGCCAGCUCUCCAGCCAGGUAACCAAAACAGGGCGGUGGGAGGAACUCAGCAGCAGAAAACAGCAGCGCCCGGGACGGGGGCACCACAAAUGCAGCUGGCGCGGCUCGAGGACCUCCAUGCUACACCACAGAUUGUCGACUGCCCUUGGUGUAAGACUCGUCAAAGAACUACGGUCGACGACGCACCUACGGGGCCGACCCACAUCGCAGCCGUCCUCCUCUGCCUCUUCUGUGGCCCCUGCUGCGCGGUGCUGCCGUACUGCUGCAACAGCUACUUCGAGAUCACGCACUAUUGCGCGGGGUGCAAGCAUCCUGUUGCCAAAGUAGCUGAUGGAAAGGUAAUACAGGUUAUCAGGCCGCUCAACGAACAGGGGCAGGCGGUUGCGGAGCAGCCGGGCGGGAAUGCGCCGAUGUCUACGGCGAAGACAGAGCUGGAGCCGCAGCAGGGUUGA